UGUUCACGCCUGCCUUUUUGGCGAAAAGUCGGAAAAUUAAAAAUUACAAUGUGAUGAAUUGAAAACAUUCAUCUUUGGCUAAAUUAUCUUUUCUAACGUUAUUUGAAAACAAAGCGGGCGUUCUUUGUUACGUCUUUCUUUUAGUUUCUGUUUCGUUCCUUUAUAAUGCGGUUAAUAGCGCGAUCUACUUUUUUGAGACAAAUAUCAACUCUGUACUGCAAAACAAGUAGCAACAGAAGGCGAGAAUGCGAUGUAUUUGUAAGAGAGCAGAGGCCUAUUCUCGGAAGAAGCUCCUUAAAGCUUCUGCCGCUGGGUUGUGCGUAUUACUCGGACGAAAAGAAAAACUUGCUUCAGUUGGAAAAGAAAGCUGAGGCACUAAAAGAUGUGUUCGAACAAAAGAAAGAACAGUUAAAGGACACAGAACACAGGAUAAGACAGCGGGGGGAAGAGCUGGUGCGUGAUAUCAAACAUCAGAAAGAGCUAACUGGGCAAAAGCUGCGGGAAAAGAGGGAGCAUUUAGUGAAGGAUAUUCUUGAAACAAAAGCCAAAGUCAGAGAAAGGUUUGAGGAAGCUGUUGAGAAAGAUAGAAUGUUCACAAUACCCAAUUUCCUGUGUGUGACCAGGAUGGCAAUAUCCCCGUACUUGGGGUAUGUAAUUGUACAAGACGAUUAUCACUUGGCUCUUGGUUUAUUGACCUUUGCUGGAGUUACAGACCUGCUGGACGGUUGGAUCGCCAGGACAUGGGAGAGUCAGUCCUCCCGCAUGGGCUCCUUCCUCGACCCGCUGGCAGACAAGAUACUUGUGGCGACACUGUUUGUCACGCUCACCUGGCAGAACCUCAUCCCGCUGUCUCUGACGGUGCUGAUCGUGGCCCGGGAUGUGGCGUUGGUUGUAGCCGCAUUUGUUAUCAGAUAUGUCAGCUUGCCACCCCCAAGAACACUGAGCAGGUAUUUCGACGUGACACAUCCCACCGCUCAGCUUGCUCCCACAUUCAUCAGCAAAGUCAACACUGCCAUUCAGUUACUAUUGGUGGGCACAACCCUAGCGUCCCCCGUAUUCGGGUACGUGGACCACCCCGCGCUGCACGCGCUGUGCGGCGUCACGGCCGCCUCCACCGUGGUCUCGGCCGUCAGUUAUCUAGUCAGUAAGGACACAUACAAAAUCUUGAAGAAAAACAAGUGAACGUUGAUCGGUCUUCCACAAUGUUUGAAACGGGAAAGUGUAAUAAAAUGUACAUAUUA